UGCGCGGUCGCCAUAUUACGGAGCAGCCCUCCCCUCCGGUCCCGUCACACAGCACAGAGCCACAGCAGCGGUGCAGGAGGCUACAUACUGAACGACGCUACCGCCUGGGAGGACCAGUGAUACAGCAAAACCAGGAGCAAAACCGGGAUCCAGUGAGAUGGAUUUAACCUUUGUGCGCAGCUGUUGAGUGAUCGUGUUCGCUUUCACAUCGCCGUUCAGCGGAUAUAAGGUUGCUUCUUUGAUUUUGUUUUCUUGGAGGAAAAACUGAGCAGUUUAAACGCCUCGCUGUAGUCUGUGUUUAGCUAGCCGGUGAUGGAGACUGGCAGCUAGCUAGCCGACGAUACUCCUCUGUCAGGCUAGCCUUUAAUACACCGAUAACUUACCGAGCAGCUGUUCGGCUCUUAGUGCGUGGUUUUACUGCAGCAAGGCGUCUCGUUACAAAACACACAUAAUGCCAGCUUAUGUUUAUUAAAGGCGCAGACGGAUAACAGUGCUAGUUAACCGGCGAAGUACAAUCAGCUGACGUUAGCUGGCUAGCUCCCUCUGCCUCGCUGCCUCUCACAGGAUCACAGUAAGUCGUGCAUGAGAGGCUGUAAAUAUUGGCACAACUUCGCCUGAUAUUUGAGAACAGCCGCCACGCGCUUGGUUCAAUUGUUUAUUUUUUGAUCGUCUGUGAAACAUAGUCUUGUCAAGACGGCGCCCUUAACGAGCUGCAACCUUAUUGCAUACUGUCAGAGACCAAGUACCGCCCGGAUCUUCUCGAAAUGCAUCAUCCGGACCCUGCAGGAGACUCUGGCAGUGUUAGAAAGAUGGCGCAUCCGGCUGUCUUUCACAGAAGGGGCAGCAACACCGGCAGCGGGAGCGGCUCGGCACUGUCAACACCGGCAAACCCGGUGGUCAACAACAGCCACGUCUCAGCCGAUGAUUAUCAGUCCUCCCUGCUGAUUCAGUGCCAGCCUCCUGCUGGUUCCUCCUCCCCGGGUCCCCAUCAUCCUCACAGCCUGAAUCUACAUCCCCAGCCCCAGCCCGCACAGCCGAGUGGAGCUCAGAUUAAAAAGAAGAGCGGUUUCCAGAUCACAAGUGUGACUCCUGCACAGAUAUCUGUUAGUACCAAUAACAGUAUUGCAGAAGACACGGAGAGCUACGACGACUUGGAUGAGUCUCACACGGAAGAUCUGUCAUCCUCUGAGAUCCUGGAUGUGUCUCUCUCCCGAGCUAACGAUAUCGUUGGGGCAGAAAGAAGUUCUUCAGAGGAGACUCUAAAUAAUUUCCACGAGGCUGAGACCCCCGGAGCUGUCUCGCCCAACCAGCCCUCACACCCCCACACCCUGAACCAGACAAAACAGCAAGGUGGAACCAUGGUGAAUGGGACUGUGCAUCAUCACCAUCAACACCCUCAUCAUCCCAACCAUGGCCAGGCCUACUCUAUGUCCUCCGGGCCUGGGACCACUCCAUCUACCAUCACCACUGGAGCUUUACCCUCUGUCACCCAGAAAAUGCCUUCUAAUAUGGGGGGCCCUCAAGAGAAUGUUUCCCAGGCUGCCCCUUCAAGUGUUGUUGCUCAGCCGGGGAUUGUUGCCCCAGGUUCUGUCCCUGGAAUGCACAGCUCUGCUACGGGCACUACAGUUAGCAUAGUUAAUCCCCAGACCAGCAGUGUUAGUAAUGUGAAUAUGUUGAGCUCUGCCAAUGUGCCUGUGAGAGGGGGGAUCAGCACGAGUGCUAGCAGCAGCAGUGGUGGCUUUCCUCUCAAUGUGAUAAGCGGCAGUGGGGGCAGCGGAGGGGCAGGUGGUGCUGUUUCAACUGGAGGUAACCUUAUGACCGCCGCUAAUGUCAGCAUGAUCCAGCAACACCAAAACAUUAACUCAAACAUCACCAUGACUACCACAACUGCUGCUGCUGCUGCUGUUAGUGCCUCUGGAGGAAUGGGACUCCCCAGUGGGAUCCAAGGCAGAAUUGGAUCAGCUGUGUUGCAGCCUGCGAAUGCUCCCGUUACAGCUGUGGCCACAGUUCCUGUAUCAUCUGCUCCCACCAUGCCUGCCCCAGCUCCAGCACCUGCAGCUACUACAACCAGCUCUCGCUUCAGGGUGGUGAAGCUGGACUCUAGCUCUGAGCCCUUUAAGAAAGGCAGAUGGACUUGCACCGAAUUCUAUGACAAAGAGACCCCAGCUCCUGCCCCCAGUUCAUCUGCAUCUGAUACUGCAUCUCUCAACACCCGUCAGUUUGUCUCUGAGAGCUUUGCUGGGGCUUCAGAGAGGGAAAGCACAAGUGGUAGUUCAGUGAGUAGUACCAUGAGUACGUUGAGCCAUUACAUCGAGACUGUGUGCAGUGGAGAGGUCGGUGCACCUCAUGUGCCCCAGCAUGCCCAGGAUUAUGCCUCCCCUCCUCAGGGCUUUCAAGGAAUUCUUCCUAGUAGCUCGAGCAUAGGGGCAUCACAGACACAAUCUCACAUGCACACCCAGGAUAUCAACCAUCCUCAUGUGAAGACUACUGUUGCCCCCUCUGCUCCCACAAACAUUCACCAGCCUGGAGUUGUGCCAGGCCACCAGACCACCGUUGGACUUCCUACAUCUGCUGGGCCCCAACAGCAUCUCACCUACGCGCAGGCAGUCGCUAAUCAGCCCCCAGCCUCCUCACCGGGUCUCGUGGGUGUGCAGCAUCAGAAGCUGGGCUAUGCCACUCUGCCACAGCAAGCAUCUGCUACCCCUCAAGCAACCCCAGUACAGAUGAGGCCCACCGAGUACACACAGCCACAGCAAGGCAUGCCCCAGGCUGCUGCUGCUGCUGCUUCUCAACCUCUGGCCAACCAAAUUGGAUCAGCACCUUCUGGACAACCUAAUGGAGCUAACCAGAUGAUGGGAGGUCAUCAGCAGCCACAGACACUUCUUCACUCUCAGGCCCCCAGCAUGCCUUCUCAUGUGGGUGUGGCAGGUCAUGGCCAGCAGCCUCAGAGCCAUCCAAGUCAUCUGGAUUGUCAGCAGCAGAAGCCACAGUCACUGCCGACUCAAAUCCAAAACCCGAGCUUGAGCGCACAGCUGCCCACUACGGUCCACCAGAGCCAAACCUCUGCAUCAGGCGUGCCUCCUCCCAACGUCCAGAGCGAUCAUCAGCCCCAACCCCAAGCUCACAACACUGGGAACAGUGGUCGGAUGCCUGCACAAGGCAUUCCCCACAGCCAAGCCUCUUCAGGAAGCUUGACCCAGGACCACAGCAGUGCCCAGGCCCUGGCUCAUGCUGCCCAGGCCAGUGCCCUCUAUGCUAGUUUGCCCAACUUCACCACCACCCAGCUGCAGGAUGCUCAGCGGCUGCUCCUCCAGCAUCAGUCUGCUUUGCUGGGGUUGCCCAAGCUUGCCGGCGUGGAGGCUGGAUCUGGAUCCAACUCUGGCCAGGGUCUGGAAACUGAGGGCAACAGCGCCACCGCCAGUGCCUUAACUGCACCAGCCGGCCUCAAGACUGUAGAUGGAGAAGAAGAUGGCUCGUCGGGAGCCAGCGUCGUGGCCAUAGACAACAAGAUUGAGCAAGCAAUGGACCUGGUGAAGAGUCACCUGAUGUAUGCUGUGCGUGAGGAGGUGGAGGUCCUCAAGGAGCAGAUCAAGGAGCUGAUCGAGCGCAACUCCCAGCUGGAGCAGGAGAACACGCUGCUGAAGACACUGGCCAGCCCCGAACAAAUGGCCCAGUUUCAGGCCCAGGUUCAAACCGGUUCUCCUCCCGCUGCCCCGACAGCGGCCACGCCGGGACCCCCCAGCAACGCCACUCUCGCCCAGCCCCCCUCGCAUAGCUCCGGACCCUCGGCGUAGCUCGGCAUGCGCCGGAAGAGACUGACUGACUGACAGUUUGUGAGCUCUGCUGAAGGGGCAGAGCCAAAUUUUGCCUUCUCCAACAGGAGGUUUCGCUGUUAAGACAAGAAUUUGCACAUAUUUAUCUCAGAAGGAGGCAGCGAGCGGGGCGAGCGCCGCCGUGCCCACCGGCACUGCGGAGGGUGACAAUCUUGACAUGCUGUAUGGGGGUGGGGGGGGAGGUUGUCUUCGGAGGAGGAGAAUCAUCAAACAUUUGCCAAAAAACCUUGGUCAUCAACUAGAAUGUCUUACCAAGAAGAAACAAAACAGCUCAUCAGUGGUGACGAUAUAAUUAAAUAUAGAAUUAAAAAAAAAA